AUUUUUUGCACGAUCAGCAGUUUAAUUUAAUCUGCGGAGUUCGAUCACCUGUUUCGAAUUCUGAUUAACGAGAUUGAGAAAUGGACGAGGUGGUUACGGCAGCGGAUGCGGCAUCGCUGAGAACGGCCCAAACGGCAACGUCGAGUUCUUCGUCUCUGCUUCCAUAUAACCUCCCUAUCCUAUCUGCCUUCCUCGCCUUCGCUAUCGCUCAAUUCCUCAAGCUCUUCACCACCUGGUAUAAAGAAAAGAGAUGGGAUUCCAAAAAGAUACUUGAUUCUGGUGGGAUGCCAUCGUCACAUUCCGCAACUGUGACAGCUCUAGCGAUGGCUAUAGGCCUACAAGAUGGGACUGGAGGAGCAGCGUUUGCUAUUGCAGUGGUUUUUGCAUGUGUUGUGAUGUAUGAUGCUUCAGGGGUCAGGCUUCAUGCUGGUCGGCAGGCUGAAUUGCUGAAUCAAAUUGUGUGCGAAUUUCCUCCGGAACACCCCUUAUCCAGUGUUAGACCUCUGCGCGAACUACUUGGGCAUACUCCACUUCAGGUUGUGGCCGGGGGUCUGUUGGGAUGCAUUGUGGCAUAUCUGAUGAGAAACACGAGUUGAGAUGUGAUUAACCAAACUGAUUAUUUUGACCUUGUAAGAAGCAGCUGUUGAUUAUAUGUAUGUGCUUGGCCAGGAAGACUGCAAGUAUUUAACGAGAAAAAGUUCCGGUAGUCGUCGGAAAGUUUGCAAAUUGGUUUGAACUCAUCCAUGGGUUUUUGUUGGUGUCUAUUCUUGUUCAUGUAUUUUGCAAUGACACAUUCCAUAAGCGACUCUGCUGUGUAAUUCCAAAUUUUUUUGACUCAAAUCAAAUUAUCUAUAA